UAAACUCACCAGCCUCUGUGCCCUACAGUACAGCAGAUACACGGUGUACAAAACAGGGGGGGGGGAGGGGGGAGUCAGCUUCCUGUUGGUUUUCGUUUUCCUUUUUUAUUUAGUUUUUCUUUUUCCUCUGUUUGGAUUAUGUUGGUGCUGCUAAUAACCAGCUGUUGCUCUGAAUUUUAAAACACCUCAGCAAUGCCUAAACCUUGAGUGGUUCCUUCUACAAGCAACUACCAGUCCCUGUACCGAGUGACUCGUUGCAUGGAUGCAGGCUCAACUCUCCCAUUUCCUUUGCUGGUUUUACCUUUUUAAAUUUAUUUUUUUGUUGUUGUUGUUGUUGAAAUAAGCAGGUGAAGGAAGUUGGUAGUGCUGACAAUAUAUUAUGGCAUUAAGAAUAGUUUUGGUGUGGAUAUCCAAACUUUUUCCAUCUGACAAUGAACUUGUCUUUGAAUGUAAACCUCUGGAAGCAACUUUGUCUUCAGAUUAGUUCAGUGGACAAAUAGUAUUGUGUUUCUUUGCCAAUUUUAGGGGGGGAUGCUGCUUUUAAAGUUACAAGACUGUUUGUAAUACUGCCCCUCUCCACCCUCCUUUCCUGCCGUCAACAAACUACAGCAACACUUGUGUUUUAAAGGACUUUGUCACAUGCUUUCUUUCUGUUGUAAUGAUACUUUGGAUUAGUUGUAGUUAAACAUCAACAAAGCAGUUUCAUUUUCCUUUUUUUUUUUUUUUUUUUUGUUAAAAAAUUCAUAUACUGCGCUGGAGCCCGGUUUGUGCUCUCAUCCAGAAAAAAAGGCCAGCUCUUAGCUGAGCUUGCUGAUCUAUUUUUAUUUAUUUAUUUAUUUUUAAAUCUCUCCUGAACCUUGGAUCAAUUUGGCAUGCUUUUGAACCCCAAAGUGCCGGGGCUGUCCGCAAUGCUGCAGACUAUAUACGAGACCGAAUCCUGUUUUUCUUCAGACAGCGUGAGCAGACGAGAGCAGCUGGCCAGAAACCGGAUUCACGCCAUCCCCACUUCUGGGGUGGAGUCGGUGAAAUCAGCAGGCAUGCAGAGCGGUGGGGGUCCGGUAGACCUACGCACCGACGCUCGGACCCCCCUGCCCCCCACGGACCCCAUGCGCCGGGAGCAGCAGCUUCAGAGUGAACUCCUUCUUCUCAAGCAGCAGCAGGAGCUGCAGAAACAGCUGCUCUUUGCAGAGUUCCAGAAGCAGCACGAGAACCUCACCCGCCAACAUGAGGUACAGCUGCAGGAACACCUCAAGCAACAGCAGGAGAUCCUGGCAGUGAAGAGGCAGCAGGAGCUGGAGCAGCAGAGGAAGCUGGAGCAGCAGAGACACGAGGAGAUGGAGAAACAGAGGCUGGAGCAGCAGCUAAUCAUGCUGCGGAACAAGGAAAAGGGCAAAGAGAGUGCCAUAGCCAGCACUGAGGUGAAACUAAAACUGCAGGAGUUUCUCCGGAGCAAAUCCAAAGAACCCACGUCAGGCGGACUGAACCAUUCCUUUCCCCAGAAUUGCUGGGGACCCCAUCAUACCUCGCUGGACCAAAGUUCCCCCCCACAGAGCAGCACCCCCGGGACGCCCCCCUCUUACAAACUACACUCCCUGCUGGGAUCCUGCGAUGGCAAGAAUGACUUCCCGCUGCGGAAGACAGCUUCUGAGCCCAACCUGAAAGUGCGCUCCAGGUUAAAACAGAAGGUUGCGGAGAGGAGAAGCAGCCCCUUGUUACGACGGAAGGAUGGCACCGUCAUCAGUACCUUCAAGAAGAGAGCCAUCGAAAUCUCAGUGUCCUCAAUGUGUAACAGUGCUCCUGGCUCCGGACCCAGCUCUCCCAACAGUUCCAACAGCGCCAUAGCAGAGAAUGGAUCUAGUGGCUCCGUACCCAACAUCCAUGCCGAGCACAUGCGUUCGCACCAUCGUACAAUGAAUGCAGAUGGGUGUGCCAGUCAGCUGAGUCUCUACACGUCCCCUUCUCUACCCAACAUCUCCCUGGGGCUGCCAACCUCCGUCACUGCUGCCAACUCCCACAUCAACGCGCCCCAGAAACUGUCUGCCCAGCAGGAGGCGGAGCGGCAGGCCAUCCAGUCCAUGCGACAGGGGGGAGCUCUGACCGGGAAGUUUGUCAGCACCACCUCGCUGCCCGCCUGCCUGUCCACAGCGGGGCCUCACGACGCUGACGCAGCCACAGGCACCGCCAACAGCCACAGCCACUCAUCACUGCUGCAGCACGUACUGCGCCUGGAACAAGCCCGCCAGCAAAGCGCGCUACUCGCAGUUCCCAUCUACGGCCCGUCCCCUCUGGUGACGGGUGAGAGGAUGUCGACAAGCAUGCGCACGGUGAACAAGCUGCCUCGCCACCGGCCCCUGAGCCGCACCCAGUCCGCACCCCUGCCCCAGAGCCCCCAGGCCCUGCAGCAGCUCGUCAUGCAGCAGCAGCACCAGCAGUUCCUGGAGAAGCAGAAGCAAUACCAGCAGCAGAUCCAGCUCAGCAAGAUGCUGUCGAAGGUGUCCGAGCUUCCCUGCCAGCCACCCACUUACCCGGAGGAGACGGAGGAGGAGCUCACAGAGACAGCAGAGAUGCAGGAGGAGCGGGGGGGACAGGCAGAGCCUGGGGAGGGGCUGCAAGGCGAAGGGGAGGGCCAGGGGGACAGAACCCCCUCAGACUGCCCGAUCACACUGAGAGAUGAGAACACUGAGAGCGAGGUGGAGGAAGAAGAGGAGGAGGAGGAGGAAGAGGAGGAUGGUGUAGAACCAAUUGAACUGAAGGAGUGCGACGGGCAGAGCCCCCCUUACAAUCAGGUAUUUUUGGACCAGCAUCAGCUCCAUGUAUACCAGGCCUCAUUGUCCAUCACAGGCGUGCCUCACCGGCCGCUGAGUCGUGCCCAGUCUUCACCAGCCAGUGCCAGCCUGAAGGGCAGCAUCGCGGGGGAGAAACCAGUCAAGCACCUUUUCAUUACAGGAGUUGUCUAUGACACUUUCAUGCUGAAACACCAGUGCACCUGCGGGAGCACCAACAACCACCCCGAGCAUGCUGGGAGGAUUCAGAGCAUCUGGUCCAGGCUGCAGGAGACGGGUCUGCUCAGCAGGUGUGAGCGCAUCCGAGGGAGGAAAGCAACUAUAGAUGAAAUCCAGACGGUGCAUUCAGAGCACCACGCUCUCUUCUACGGCACCAGCCCCCUGAACAGACAGAAACUCGACACCAAGAAACUUUUAGGUCCAAUUAGUCAGAAGAUGUACGCAGUUCUGCCCUGUGGAGGCAUUGGGGUGGACAGUGACACGGUGUGGAAUGAGAUGCACUCCUCCAGUGCAGUGCGGAUGGCAGUGGGCUGUGUCAUCGAGCUUGCCUUCAAAGUGGCGUCUGGGGAACUCAAGAAUGGGUUUGCUGUUGUUCGGCCCCCAGGACACCAUGCAGAGGAGUCGACUGCAAUGGGAUUCUGUUUCUUCAACUCUGUGGCCAUCGCUGCCAAGCUACUCCAGCAGAAACUGAGUGUGGGGAAGAUUCUGAUUGUAGACUGGGAUAUCCACCAUGGCAAUGGGAGUCAGCAGGCGUUCUAUAAUGAUCCCAACGUGCUGUACAUCUCUCUGCACCGAUACGACGAUGGAAACUUCUUCCCAGGCAGCGGCGCUCCCGAGGAGGUAGGGUCUGGCCCAGGAGUUGGAUAUAACGUCAAUAUAGCGUGGACUGGAGGGGUGGAGCCACCAAUGGGAGACGUGGAGUACCUCACUGCUUUCAGGACGGUGGUGAUGCCCAUUGCAAACGAGUUCUCUCCAGAUGUAGUUUUGGUUUCAGCCGGGUUCGACGCAGUGGAAGGACACCAGUCUCCGCUGGGCGGAUACUCAGUGACAGCAAAGUGUUUCGGUCACCUGACCAAGCAGCUGAUAAAGCUGGCGGGGGGGCGAGUUGUCAUGGCGUUGGAGGGGGGUCACGACCUUACAGCUAUCUGCGAUGCUUCCGAAUCCUGCGUCUCCGCUCUCCUGGGCAACGAGCUUGACGCUCUUCCACAGUCGCUCCUUCAGCAGAAGCCUUGCCCAAAGGCGGCCGCGUCACUGGAGAAAGUCAUUGAGAUUCAGAGUAAACACUGGAGCUCCGUGCAGCGCUAUGCCUCCACGGUGUGCCAGUCUCUCUUGGAGGCUCAGAAGAGAGAGAGGGAGGAGGCUGAAGCUGUCACUGCCAUGGCGUCGUUGUCUGUUGACACAGAGCUGGGAAACACAGAGGCAGAAAGCAGACAAGCAGACGAGCCUAUGGAGGAAGAGCCGGUGUUGUAGUGAGUGCAGAUUUCCUAUUGUGAUUGUAAACCAUCUUUAUCACAUUCUCGUGAGACCCCCUCGCCCCCCCACUUUCUCCCUCCGUUCCUCUGACGGUCAUGUACUGCACUGCACCACACCUCGCCACACUGACCUGAGAGAGACGCAAGAGACAGGAGGAAACACGAAAUUCAUUUCUCAACUCAUUUCAGCCAGUGGUUUGUAUUUUUUUUUUUUUUUAAUAAAUAAAAAAAAAGCCAAGAGAAUUUUCUCGAACUCUUUCCAAAUCACAUGAAUUGAGCAAAGAGUUGUUUUUUUUUUUUCUUCGUCCUUGGAAUAUGCAGAAAAAGGAACACUGUAUAUCAGGAAAAAAAAAAGAUGGAUUAUCUACUUUGUUAAACCCAGAAGGGUGAAGCACACAUUUUCUUUUCUAUUUUUUUUUUUUUUGUCUUCAAGGAUGGGGUGAAAAAGGCAGCGUUGGAGAAACUUGCAUAAGAAGCCCUCCCUAUUUAACAAGAACCCAGCUGGAUAUUCCUAUCGGGACACUUUUCUGUUUUGAAAGAGGGUGCUUGUUCUUGGGUGGUGUUUGGAGCCCCCUCUUGUGGAAAGUAUGUAUAGUUACAGGCAUUGACUGAGUAAAACAAGGAAGCUCAUCGCUCCUGCAAUCCGAACCUUUCAUGAGUUUGACAGCAAUCGUCAAGCAAAGCUGAAAAUGGGAAAAAUAUUAUUAUUGUUGUUGUUAUUAGUGUUUUAUUUUUUUUUUACCUUUUGUUUGAGCGGGGGAGGGAAGUUGCAGAAAGAACUUGGUGCCUUUUUUUUAAAAAAAGAGGAACCCCCCCCCCCCCCCACACUCAUUACACUCAUAUUGGUUUAAAAUGCCUUAAUUUCCUCCAGUGAUUGGAUCAUGAGAGAUGUUUAAUUGGUUUGAUUCUCUCUCCCUCCCAGAAAGAUUUUAAAUGUUUUUUGUUUUUUCUUCUCUCUGUCUCACUCUACUGGAGUUCAGGGAGUAAAUGAGGUAGGGGUUAAGGGUUAAAGGUCAUCUUGGGGGUUUAAGUACCCCACUCCCCAGUAUUUUGCCUCUGUUUGUUUGUUAUUUUUAUUUAUUGUAACUAAAAAUCAGAUUGUGUAUUUGUGAUAUAAUGACCAAUCAUUUUUAAUGUUCUUUGUUCUGUAAAUACUAGAUUAUCUUCUUUGAUCUCCUUUGUCACCAAAAAGAGAUUUAUUUUAUUAUAAUUCCUUUUUUUUUGAACACUCACUUUUCUUCACAGAAUAGACGGUUUAAAUCCAACCAGAUAUACUUAAUAUAAAAGUAUUAUUUAAUAUUAAGAGCAGAUCAUUUGUAUUUUAUUUUUAAAUUGAUGGCUUGCUUGCACUAAAUUGCUAUUGGCGAUCUAUUUGUGGGCUACAUUAACAUUAGCAGAAGUGUUCCUUUCAUAUGGUUGGCAUGCUACACUGUUGACUCCUCUGCAUUGCUCAUUUUAUGGUCUGUGUUUUAAAAUGUAUUCUCUAAUCUAAAACCUCAAAUAAGUAAAGGUGCAGCUUGACAAGGCUUCCUCACUGAACUGUACAACUUGGUUCCGCUCUUAGAUAUGUUCCUGUAAAUCCGUGUGGGGUGGGCGGGGGAAGCAAUUUAUAGCUGCACCCUACCUGUUUAACAUCCUGCUAGGGUUUGGAAUGUAAGAUUACAUUAAACACAGCCAGGGAAAUGAGUGCCACAGAAAAUGCAGCAACAUUUCAUGUAGAGUAAGAGACCCUGCCUGCUAAUCCAGUGUACUAUUCUUGUACCAGCACAGACCUCAGUGGGUACAGUCACUGUGUAUAGGCUUCAGUGUGCUUUCAGACUUCCCUGGUGUUCAAAGCGCACUGUUCAAGAGAAAGUAUUCAGAGAACUCCCCUCCAGUUUCCUCCCGCGCCUUCCUUUGCUGGACCUGUCUUGGCACUUUGCUGUCACCUUAUGUUUGUUUGUAUGUCUCGGUUGUUUUCCUGUCAUCGUCAGUUUUUAAAAUGUAAUUUUUUUCACUCUCAACACUACAAGAAGCAACAGUGCUUCAUUUCAUGGGUUUUCUUGACAUGGGGUAGAUGGCAUCCAUGCUCAAUGGACAGACUAAUAGAUAGUAUAGCCAAUACUCUACAUAUGUGCAUAUGCACCCUGCUAGCUUCACACGUCCAUAGGGACGCUACAAAAAUGUUGCAGCUAUAAAAGAAAGCACAGUUUAAACGGCAGGAUAGUUUUUGUUUUGUCAUCAGACAUUUUUUGAAAGUUUGAGCAACUUUUCCAAUUGCUGUGUGUUUCCAUGCAUUUUCAUUAUUCAUUGUCUUUAUCUGUGAUCGGAAAUUGAUAUAUGGGUUUAGUUUAGGAACUUCAGAACCACCCAAUGUAAAUAAUAAUAAUAAAAAGAGUAAUAAAAUUAUAAAAAAGUGUCCAGAUGCUGUGCAGUAUUGAAAUGCAUAUCGUCUUCCCAGUAAAUGGACUGUAGCGUGGGUCAUACAGGCUCCUGACAUUCAAAUCCAUCUCUGUCCAGUUACACACAGUGUGACCUCUUUCAGUCCACCUAAAGUCCUGGUGACUAGGAUUCUCCAAGCAGCUUUGAAAGCCAGGUAGAGACUGCUACAUUGAAGCAGCAACGUUUCAGAACCAGAAUCAAAGGAAAGGACAAAAUCAAUGAAGUGGCAUUUCAAUUCAUUUUCACAACAAUAAAAUGAGUUCUUGCAUAGUGUCAGUGGUCGGUUUUAGGCAGCCUAAAAACACUCCACAUUUCAGUCUCUUGUUAUGAACAUAUUUUAGAAUUGCAGGCUCUCUCGUGUGUCAUUUUUGGAUAGAUUUUUUGCCAUGACGCAGAUUGCACAGGUUAAAGACUUGCAAGAUAGGGAUGCAUGUUUGCGGUUUGGCCAGCAAGUUAGCUUGAAGUACUUUUAUUCUUGGUCAACAACACCUCAACCUCAUUUUUGCACAAAAAUAAAUCGCACCAUUUCCAUUAAACAGUGCUACAGUGCUACAAUGCGCUGGAAUAUUUGAUUUAAAUGAGAAGUCAAUUUGACUGCAGGCUGUGUGGUAAAGAGUGCUUCGGUAUUUUUCCAAACUAAUAAUAAUUUUAUAUUUUAAUACCAUCAUGGGAUGGAGGUCUCAUCCAGUCCCUUGCUGCUCGACAUGUCGAUUUUUAAUGUUAACUAAUAUUAUAAAAAUAGCUUGUCUUCUGUGGGCGUGCUUGUUCACAAUAAUACCGGAGGGGGCUAAGUGUAUAGUCUCUCGCUGUUUUCAACGUGUGCGUGUUGUUUAUUUGAAAGUGGUCCCGUCUCCCUUUGGUGUGAGUAAACAAUAGCUAAGCUUGUCAUUUUUAGUUUUGCCAAGGUAAGGGGAACGAUCAGUGUGUUUGUUUGUUUUUUAAACGAUUUUUUAAUCGUUUCAACUUUAACCAUAAAUUGACAAUUGCAGAAAUGCUCAUUCAGUGACCGAAGAAAAUUAUAAUUUUGAAUUCUAAGAUGGAUCCCAUUCAGCAAUAUCACUGUCUUAUGAGAAGCAAUAGCACAUCACCUUCACCUCGGAGAAAACGAGAGAUUUAAAACGAUGUACUGCAGACUAAAUUGCUUUAGAUGCCAUAUCCUUGUUGUUGCUCUUCUAGGUAGAGAUUUGUGCACUUUCCCCUUCUAGCUGUUUUUCAGCUAAAUUAUACGUUGAACCCUAUCCUCAUUUCACUGGCAUUUUAAAGCGAUUUUGUUAACUGGUUGAACUGAAAAAUGAUCCACACGCCUUUCAAAGCAUUACAAUAUUAUUCACGCAGUGUUUAAACAACAUUAAUACGUAUAUAUUUUAUGUUCUGUUUUUAUUUUUUUUAUUUUAUAUAUGCAUAGCCAUAUUUACUUUGAGGGUUAUAUAAAAUGUAUAUUUUCAGCUUCAAAAGAGAUCUGAUUCUGUACAUACACUGUUUUCUACAGUUAAGUUGGGCUGGGGAUAGAUUUAGAAUGUGACAGAUUUUUUUUGUAUGUAAAGUUUGAUGCUGUUGUAAAAGGGAGACUGACAAGUUUGGACUUUGUUCAAUCAAAACACAUUCCUUGAAAUGUCUUUAUGAGGAUGACUUUAUUCACGUGACAAUGCUAUAUAGAUGCUAUUUAUAUUUGUAUGCACUGUAUAUAAAAUACACGCAAAUGAUAAUAUUCUAAAUUCAGUGCCCAUUGGUAUUUUAAUCUCCAUAUUGGACGUACAUGUGGUGCCAUCUUGUGGUCGGCUGUGGUAAUUACCGCAUCAAAUGUUAAAACCUUUUUUUUUUCCAGCACUGUAACAGGUGUUUCAAUAAAGUCUAAAACCUUAAUUUAAACAAUCCCAUCAUCAUCAUCAUCCACUAUUCAUACACAUAAACCUGACAAUUAUUUUCUGCACAGUUAGAUUGCCAGUCCUGUUUUAACUCCUUUGUGGGGGAUCCAACUCCUGGCUUAUUCUUUUUAAUAUGUUUUUAGUAUUUGUUUUAUUGUGUUUUGAAUUAUUAUUGUCCGCUGGGUGGACAUACUCUGGUACUCAGUGUGCAUUUGAAAUGACAAUCGACAGAUUUUUAGGCACAGUCUGAUCCAGCGGUUCACUGUGGGGUCUCUUAUUGGUAUUAAAAACAUAAUUAUUCAUUAAUAGUUUAAAAUCCAGAUCGUUUCCAAUUACUCAAUCAAUUUAUGUUUUUUUUUUUUAUGUAUUAUUAAUUGCAGACCCAAACCCAUGCUGAACAAUUUACUACCAAUGACACUGCUAGCUUUACUAAAUACACAUGUGAUGUGUGCUGUUCACCUUGUUCUGACCUGCUUGGUGGGUUAUUAAUAUCUAUAGACGCAAUGGAGGAUGUUCCUCUCCUCCUUAUUAUAUGUCUGUAUGUGCCAGUGUAACAGUAUGUAAUACAAUGUCACUGUUUGACACUGCAGUACAUUCAACAGUAGAUGCUGGCUUCUCUGUCUGUGAGAUGCUGUGAUUUUGGUUCCAGUACGAAUCUUUAAACCGUUUUUGAAUGAAUGUACAUUUAAAUAAACAAAAAAAAGUUGUAUUUUGAAUAUGAUACUGUCUUAUUUUCAAGAUUAACAGGGCAGAAGAGCAAAGGUGUAUUAUACAAGUAUAGGAUAUUUUAAUACAACAAAUAUAUAUUUUUAAACAAAUAUAACUGGACAGAUAAAUGGGAUGUCAGGGUCUAGUCAAUAGCUGUGUAGAUCUUUACAGUUAAGUUAAAGUAGGAUAUAUGCAUCUAAGGGUUAGGAUGGGAUUCUGUUCCAUUUUAGCUUUGGGGAAAUGCUGAUGUGCAAUUAAGUAAACAAUAUUUGAGAUAGGCUUGAGAAUUUGAGAAUACAUAUAUGAUAUAUUUAUCAGAUCACAAAAAAAUUGCUCUACAUUUGCUCUAGUAAUUGUGUGAACUUAUUCCCCAAAAACAGAAAAAAUGCUUUUAAAAAAAAAAAAAACUAAUUUAAGUAAUCUUAGUAUACAUAGAUUAAUUUAGCAGAACUUUCAAUUAGUCUUCAGUGCUGGAAAGAAUUGAAUUCUGUAAGUAAAGGGUAUACAAACACUAUCUCUGUAGUAAGAAAGAAAAACAAACAAGACCUCCACACUCUAUCCCCCGUUGCAUUGAAACCGAGUCACGUAUUCCUGCUGCAAAACAUAUAAUUUCUGUGAUUUAAAAUAAAAUCCAAUUUCAAAUGCACAUGACUGAAAUGGCUAGGUGACCUAGAUGUGUUGUAUCAGGUAUUGGGGCAGCUGGCAGGGAAUUUAUUUAUUUUUUUUUUUUGCAGAGCGACCUUUAGUUAGAUUACUGAAGUGCUCUUCUAGUGUUUUCUAGGUUAGCAAAGCAAGGAGUAAGCGUACAUGGAUCUGUGAUUUGUGUUCGAGGCAUUCAGACAGGGUCGUGACUCUUUCCAAAGCACUGUUUGCUUGCGUCUGUUUGCUGAUCACAGACUGAUCAGGAACAAAACUCAUGCAAGUGGCUUGAGCUGAUUUGGGCACUAAUAAUAAAUGAGAAGGAAUGCAUAUUACCUGCCUUAUUGUAGCAGAUUGUUCUUGCAAUCCAGACAUACUGUACAUGUGACUCCUUUCAUCGCAGCAAUAUGGUUUUAUAUAGACAUUCAACUGUGGGUCUUUAAUGCAUAUGCAUUCCUUAUUGUGUCCUGCGAACGCUAUACAGAAUGACCUCUUACAAUUUCUGCCAUAAAGUUUUGACAGCUCCUUGUUAAUGGGCAGAUUCCUGUGCUUCGAUAUUUGGUGGCACUGUCUGGUUGCCUGUCAUUCACCCUUUUUGAACAAACGAGGCAAUAACACAUGCGGUUUGAAUGGGGUUUCUGAUUGCAGUACCAAUGGGAGUCCCACACUCGGUUUCUUACAAUUUAAACACAGUUGAAAUGCCAGCCGUCUUUCAGUUGUAACAGCUUGGGUGAAUUAAAAUACAUUUCCCUUCGGUGUUAGUAAUCGCUGGAGGGGUGUGUAGGAUUUCUUGUUCUGCCUGUGGGGAAGGUGGGUGCUUCGCGAGUCAGAAUGUGCAGUUUUUACUGAGGUGUAAAAUGUAAAACGCAGUCUGCAGGUAUAGAUUUGCCCGUCAGUGUCGGGUCUGUAGAAUUACAAUAGAUUAAAAAAAAAAGGAAGUUAACAUAGGAGUCUGUUUUUGUAGUUUUUUCUGGCCACAGAAUAAGCAGCCACAAAUGUUCAAUUACUUUGAAUUCAGAUUUCACCCAAUGAGUUUGAUAAACUGAGAAGGGCAAUGCGUUUUACUAUACAAAAAUAAUAAAACCAUGUUCUGUGACAUUUUCAAAUUGGUGGCCUAUAACGGCGAUCGCAGACAGCAGUCACGCCUCGUCGCUCGUGGGUGCUCUUGUAGAACAAUUCUGAAGAGCUGAAUGCUUUGGAAAAGCUCUAUCGAGUUUCACUGCACAGCCCGUGGGUACUUAGACAUGCAUGGCUUAAUCUUUGAGACAAGCAUGUGCUACUAGAAACUGAUUGAUCCAUGUCACAAAAUGCUUGAUCCAUGUCCCCAUCAUGAUCUUCCUUAGCUGUCGGAGACUUUACACAUGGGACUUUUUUAUACUUCUAUAUAGUCUGUAUUUGUGCACAUAGACACUUCUUUCCCCUUGUACAGAGUGGUGGUUUAUAAAGUGGGUAUCUGUCCCCAGCUGCCUGUGAAACCUGCACAUUUCUAUAUAUCCACACGGCUGUCUACACAUCUGGUUAGGCGUGACCCAGGCCUUUUGAGUUCCAACGUGCCUGGGCAAGCUGUUGGGCUUGCAAGUUUAACUCCCAAAACUGAGCUGCAGAUUAGAAUUUUUUUUUCUUUGUUUGGGUGAUAUUAUUUUUUUGAUGAUCACUUCUGCUUUAACACAUUCCUCUGUAUUCGCAAGUUUUUGUUUUUGACAAUCUGGGAAAUCCACAUACAGUUAAACAAGCCACAAAGUUACUUUAAAAAAAUAAAAAUAAAUAAAUAAAUGAAAUAAUUCGCACUUCACAAAGUCUAGAGCUGUAAUGGUUGGGGAAGUGUUUUUUUUUUUUUAAAUAAAUAUUGUAGGCUAGAUUCACGGUGGGUAUAAGACUUCCAUUACAUAGCAGUUUAAGCCAUUAUAGGUUUGACCUUAUGACCUAUAUACAUUAGUCAAUUAGGCCUAUAGGAAAACCUGGACCAGAUCACACCAAUAUGGAAUGGGGGAAGUCUUAAUCCCAUCCCUGAUGUACCUCAGGGGUUAAGUGUUAGAGUAGGUAGCGUGGUUCAGAAAAAUAGAGCGUUACCCGUCCCCACGUGUUGCUACAACUGUUUAAAUAACGAACCUGUCAUUUUUCUUUCCAUUGUAACGUCCUGACAAUUUUUUACACUUAGAACUUUAAAGUCUGUUUCAAAGUUAUUUUCAAAAUGUCCGCUCUAGUGCACUGGGGUUUGAGAUCUGUCCUCUCAAAAAAACCAAAACCCUUAAAAUGGCUUUUCCAUUCCGUACUAUGGAUCGUUAUUGCUGUGUUAUCUGUUUGACAAUGUGGGUAAUAAUCCAUACACUAUCAGUGCACUAGAGCGGACAUUUUGAAAAGAGCUUUGAAACACUUAAAAUUAGUGUAAAAAGUUGUCCGGGGGGGGGGGGGGGGGACGACCGACAUAAUUUGAGCUACAGGUUUCAUAAAUCAAGUAGGAACAUACAUUUUGUAGCUUUCCUGGUGGUCAGAGAGAGAGAAAGUCAUUUUUUAAAUGAUUUCUGGUUAAAAAACGAAAUAACGGAGGGAUUCUAUUUCUUUAAAAAAAAAAUACAAUAAAGAAAAUGGAUCGAAUGCAUUUUUAAUGUGGGUUUUUUUUUUUUUUUUUUUUUUUUUUUUGUAUCAUAAAACACAUCUGGUAGAUCCUACAAACCGUGUCGAUGCUAAAUGUCCUAUUCUGUAGAACUAGAGUCUGUGUCUUUAGUGGCUGACAAGCAAUAUUGUGUUGUAUAAGAUGUUAAUUUUGUCAAUAUACAUGUUAUUAUUUGAUGACGAAAUUGAUGUAGACACUCACUUUAAAAAAUACAAAAACACGUUGUCUUUCUUGUGUCUCUAACCUCUCUGUUCUUUCUCUUCGGUGUUUAAAGUCAAGUAUUUUGUAUCAUCUUAUGACAUUUGUCUUUGUGUAAAUAAAUGAAUUCGUUUCUGCCACACAGA